GUGUUGUUGUUACUUGUUGUCAGACCUGGCACGGUGAAGUGAUUUUUCCAGAGGAACUUUUCAGGUGCACAGCGGUUGGGAUAGAUGUGUGUAAUAGAGACGAUGAUCUUUAUAUAGAUCUGUCAUCUGAUAUAGAUCUCCGUCUUACCAGGAAAACCUCUUCAGGCCAUUCUCCACAUCGUGUUUGCUGUAUUUGUUUGGGAUGUUUUUGGUCCGCUGCCCUGCUGGCAACCCGACUUACUGAAGUGUUUGGACUUCAUCCUACAGCUGCAGUGCUUUCUGACGGUCAUGCUCUUUCUCUAUAGAUUGAUCAGUCACUCCAUGGGGAUUCUCCGGGGCGUUUCAGCUGGUUUCUCCUGCCCUGCACCCCUCAGCCCGUCCUCCACCCUCUACACCACCGCCUCUAUACGAAUCAUGAAACUGGUAUUAACUGAAUGGCAAUUGAUAUGGAUUUUUACAAUUUCCAGUAGACAGUAAACACACACACCACACACACUCACAUUUACACUCACACUUACACACACACACGCACACACACACACACACACAUUAACAUACACACACACAUGAUAAAGUCAUAUACAUCACAACUGAAAUCACCUGACACACCUUCAUCAUAUGGUGCGUCCUUCAUCAUAUGGUGCAUUGUGGAGUUUUCACUGCGUCAUCUGGAGUCUGAUUCACGGCGGAGCAUCUUAAGAGCCUGACGUUGGCUUUAUUCGUAGUUUUUUGUUUUUCUGCGUUUGUUCGUGCCUCCGUGGAGUCGGGUGUGAGUGCAUGUUGACGUCGCCGAUGGCCCCGCAAAACACCGAUGCGGAUGCCGUGCAGCUGCAGGCCGUUGCGGUGGAAUCUGCGGAGAAACACAGUGGAGGCGGAGCUAAUGGAGGAGGUGGAGGAGCUCGGGGGCGGGAUGUUGAAGGUCAGGACGAGUCGGUCAGCGAGGGAUCUAUUGAUCGCAUCCCGCUGCGACAGUGGAUCAUGCACGGCGCUGUCAUGUUUGGACGAGAGUUCUGCUACGCCAUGGAGACGGCGCUCGUCACACCUGUGCUGCUACAGAUAGGUCUUCCAGAACAAUACUACAGUCUGACGUGGUUCCUCAGUCCCAUCCUGGGUCUCAUCUUCACACCUCUGAUUGGUUCAGCCAGUGACCGCUGCACGCUGCGAUGGGGACGACGCCGUCCCUUCAUCCUGGCACUUUGUGUGGGCGUGCUCUUGGGCGUGGCUCUCUUCCUCAACGGUUCACUCAUAGGUCUUGCUUUAGGAGAUGUGCCAAAUAAUCAGCCGAUAGGGAUUGUCAUGACUGUUUUGGGGGUGGUGGUGUUGGAUUUUUGUGCUGAUGCGACCGAGGGUCCUAUACGAGCGUAUCUGCUGGAUGUGGCUGACACUGAGGAACAAGAUAUGGCCCUUAACAUACACGCUUUCUCUGCAGGGUUUGGUGGUGCGGUCGGUUACGCUCUGGGGGGACUCGAUUGGACUCACACUUUUCUGGGUCGGGCCUUCAAAUCUCAGGAGCAAAUUCUGUUUCUCUUCGCUGCGGUUUUGUUCAUCGUGUCUGUGGCUCUGCAUCUCUUCAGCAUAGAGGAACAACAGUUCAGCCCUCAGCAAGAUCGUCUGGACGAUGAGGCCGAAAUCGAAUCCAGCGUUAAAAUCAACAGCUCUCUGCUACAACAACCCCAGCUCGACAUGAUCCACGAAAACGAGCCUUACAACUCCUACGAUCACUGCGACUCUUACGCGGACAGACGCUCUGAACGGGACUUAGACAUGGACUUCCUGGAUGUCGACAUCGUCCGCAGUAAAAGCGAUUCUGUUCUGGCGAUGCCCGAUGCCACGCUGGGACACAUGGAUCACGACAGCCUGUUCUUGUGUGCCAUCGAGCCCUCGAUCUUCCAAGAUCGCGUUUCGUCCUACCACGGCUCUCCGCCGCGCCGCAGCAGCAGUGCAGAAAGUCAAGAGUUCCUGCGAGGAAAAAACAGCCGGCUGUCAGCGUUCCUGCAGCAGUCGGAGCGAGAUGGCGAGGAAGCUCUGCUCAACAAUCAACCCGACCGAUCCAAGUCACCCAACGGACACGCAACGGACCCGAACGGCCUCAACGGACAGAUGUCGCCUGGCGGCACGCACAUGAAACCCUCCAGCACCAAUGCCUCCAUGCGCCGCAGACGUCACAUCUUCUACCGACAGUCGUCCUGCACGUUCUCGUACUACGGUCGCGUCGGCUCCCAUCGAUACCGCUAUCGACGAGCAAACGCGGCGCUGCUCAUCAAAUCCUCCCGCAGUAUGAAUGACAUCUAUGAGAUUGAGAAACGACACAAGCAGAGGAACGGCCAAAGAGCGAGACACCAGAGCGGGAACACAAACUCCAGCGGGGACACGGAGAGCGAGGAGGGGGAAGUUGAGACCACCGUUCGCCUCCUCUGGAUGUCCAUGUUAAAGAUGCCCAAAGAGCUCUUUAGACUGUGCAUCUGUCAUCUGGUCACCUGGUUCUCCAUCAUAGCAGAAGCUGUGUUUUAUACUGACUUCAUGGGACAGGUCAUCUAUGAGGGAGACCCUACGGCACCGUUGAACUCGACAGCCCUGCAUAACUAUCAUAAAGGUGUACAGAUGGGUUGCUGGGGUCUGGUGAUCUAUGCGACCACGGCUGCGAUCUGUUCAGCUUUACUGCAGAAGUACCUGAAUAACUUUGACCUCAGCAUUAAGGUCAUAUAUAUCCUGGGCACUCUGGGUUUCACAGUCGGUACCGCUGUCAUGGCCAUCUUCCCAAAUGUCUAUGUUUCCAUGGUGAUGAUCAGCAGCAUGGGAAUAAUCUCCAUGAGCAUCUCGUACUGUCCGUAUGCUCUACUGGGCCAGUAUCACGAUAUGAAAGAGUAUGUACAUCACAGUCCCGGGAACUCAAAGCGAGGUUUUGGCAUCGACUGUGCCAUCCUUUCGUGCCAAGUAUACAUCUCACAGAUCCUGGUGGCAUCAGCGUUGGGUGCGGUUGUGGACGCCGUCGGCUCUGUCCGGGUCAUUCCGCUCGUGGCCUCAUGUGGCUCUUUCCUGGGCUUCCUGGCGUCCUGGUUCCUCGUCAUCUAUCCAGGGUCUAACGGAGAUGGUGACGGCUCGAAGGGUGAGCGGACGAAAGCGCUGACGUCACCCAGUAACGGAAAUUCAACAGUUUCGGAGAAACCCAGCUUUCUCAAGCUCACCCCAAAGGGAGCCACCGUCACAACCUGCAAAGCGGAGAUUGAAUCCACGCUGUGAAUGCAAUCCCAUUUCAUCAUUUCUACAAACAUCAGCUAUACCAGCUCACCCAGAUGGGAGAUUUCAUUGUUUGUUUGUUUGUCCGUCUGUCUGUUUUUGGCCUAGUGUAGUGGGUCUCAGGGCUGCGUUAGGGACAGGACAGAUGUCUUUCCCUCUCAGGGCCACCAGGGGGCGACUCUGGGCUAAACUAAACUCUUCAGGGGCGAGCGAGAGAAAGAGAGAGAGGUUGCAUUUGAUUCUCUAUCGCUCUCAAUGACAUGAAUUUCCCUUGCACACUUCCUUUCUAAAGAAAUCUAAUCUAUUAUAAUUUAUUAUAUAUGUUCUCAUUUAAUAACUGUAUCUGUUUAAGUUUUCUGUUUUGAACUGAUGUCCUAAUAGAGGACAUUACGAUUACCAAAAGUUGCUUAGUGCAAUAAUCACAGUUAUUUCAUUAUGAUGGCUUUAUGUCAGGCGGAUAAACAAGGUCAAACCUCAUGAAAAAUGUCAUGUUUCACCCACAUGUGUACAUAGAGAGAUUUAUAUAUAUAUAUAUAUAUAUAUAUAUAUAUAUAUAUAUAUAU